AUGAACUCAAUCCUACACGACGGAUUCUUCCACCAACACGACCAUCAUCAGCAGGGCGAUCAUCAUGAACAUCCGGCGGAUAAUCUGAUUCAACCUCCGAAAGUGUCCCUCCGCACAAUGAGCAAAAGCGACCCACAUCUGGACAUUCCACAUCUUCUCGUCAGCCAGGAUGAAGCACACCCAUCACUCAACAAGAUUAUGUCCAACUUGCAGCACGUGCAUGAAGGACUCAAGACACCAAUGUCUUCUCAGCCAAAUCUUCAGGCGCUCCGUCGCGAGAACGAGUUCCAGGACAAGAAUGUCAGCUCGGCAGCUCUGCUGUCUCAGGAGAGUCUUCAUCAGCCACCACUUCGCAAGUCCUCAUCGGCCAUCGACUGGAACGGCGCUGUCGUUGAAGCAACUCGCAAGACAUCCAGGCAAUUCGAUUGGCAAGCCGCUUUGUUCGACAACAGCCGCAAGCAGAGCUUCUCGAACCUUCAUCCAUUUGCGCAGGCGGCCUCACAACACCAGGGAGGAUUGGUUAUGACCACUCUUGACAACAAGCAACAACAAGGAAUGUCCGUCGCAACUCAACAGAUGCCACAGCAACAGAAUAACUUUGCUCAGACUCUUGCCCAGUCUGCAAGCACUGCAUCGGCUCCAGCAGCUACCACUGCUCCAGCCACCGCGCCAGCACCGGCACCAGGAUCUAGAGGAGCUCACUUGUUCGGAGGAGUUUUCCACCGUGGAUUCUUCUCGAAGCCAGUCGAGCGUACCGAAGAGGAGAACUACCGCUACCUGAUGGCUCUUGACCGUUAG